AUCCAACGGUUGGUUUGUGAACUGCAAAAUCCACAAAGGAGAGAGGGAAGCGUCUGCUGCGCCCCUGGGUCGUUUUAAAUUUGCCUUUAAAACAUCACCGAAAACUUAAACAACCGCUAGCUAUGGCAGAGGGAGACAACAAAAGCGCCAACGUACUCGCCCAGGAGACGGCCCAGCUGGAGGAGCAGCUGCAGGGCUGGGGAGAGGUGAUCCUGGCUGGGGACCAGGUCCUGCGCUGGAAGAAACCAUGGUUCCCUGGAGCCCUGAUGGCAGCCACCACACUGGUCUUUAUGAUGAUCUACUACCUGGACCCCUCGGUGCUGACCGGCCUGUCCUGCACUGUCAUGCUGCUGUGUCUGUCUGACUACCUGGUGCCUACCCUCGCACCCCGCAUCUUCGGAUCCAACAAGUGGUCUUCAGAGCAGCAGCAGCGUUUCCAUGAGAUCUGUGGUAACCUGGUGAAGACUCAGCGUCGCAUCCUGGGCUGGUGGAAGAGACUCUUCUCGCUUAAGGAGGAGAAACCCAAGAUGUACUUUGCGUCGGUGAUCAGCAGUCUGGUGACGGUGGCCUGGAUGGGACAGCAAGUCCACAACCUUUUCCUCACCUACCUGAUCGUGAGUUUCCUGCUCCUGCUUCCUGGUCUGAACCAGCAUGGCGUCAUAAGCAAGUACGCUGGCAUGGCCAAGAGAGAGAUCAACAAACUGCUGAAACAGAAGGAGAAGAAGAACGAGUAGAAAGAGGGGGAGAAGAAGAGGGGAUCUGUGAGAUGAGACGAACGAGAGAAGAAGAAAAUGAGAAACCCGUAGAUCAAAGAAAAGGAGCUUCAACUAAAGUACUUCUGUACUUCCUCAGUCUGCUCAGACCAACUCUCCCCCCUUGACCUCUGACCUGUCACCUAACCAACCAAUCACCUGGCGGGAUUUUUGUUUUUCAACCGGAAGUGUUUUUCCACCUACCCUCCCAUGCAUGCAGUCAGUCGCCACGUCGGUCAAGGCUUUAGUUGACGAGUAGACCACACUGAAACAUUACAACACACACAUAUUAACCCCACACACACAUGGAGGUGGCCCCCAGCUGUGUCUCUCUAGAUCCUAUAGGGAGGUGUUUAAGAUGCCAGUCACUUAUUACUUUUGAAGUCCGAGGAAAGACUACUGAACAGAAACCUCUAGCAAUAUUAUUAUCCCCUCCCCCCACACUUAUAAAAUACCAUCACAAUACAAUAUAUAAUCAAUCUCCCAGAGAGGAUGGUUAGUUUACUGGACAUGCUGAUGGUCGGUAGUGUCAGUAAUUAAAUCUCCCAGAGAGGAUGGUUAGUUUACUGGACAUGCUGAUGGUCGGUAGUGUCAGUAAUUAAAUCUCCCAGAGAGGAUGGUUAGUUUACUGGACAUGCUGAUGGUCGGUAGUGUCAGUAAUUAAAUCUCCCAGAGAGGAUGGUUAGUUUACUGGACAUGCUGAUGGUCGGUAGUGUCAGUAAUUAAAUCUCCCAGAGAGGAUGGUUAGUUUACUGGACAUGCUGAUGGUCGGUAGUGUCAGUAAUUAAAUCUCACAGAGAGGAUGGUUAGUUUACUGGACAUGCUGAUGGUCGGUAGUGUCAGUAAUUAAAUCUCCCAGAGAGGAUGGUUAGUUUACUGGACAUGCUGAUGGUCGGUAGUGUCAGUAAUUAAAUCUCCCAGAGAGGAUGGUUAGUUUACUGGACAUGCUGAUGGUCGGUAGUGUCAGUAAUUAAAUCUCCCAGAGAGGAUGGUUAGUUUACUGGACAUGCUGAUGGUCGGUAGUGUCAGUAAUUAAAUCUCCCAGAGAGGAUGGUUAGUUUACUGGACAUGCUGAUGGUCGGUAGUGUCAGUAAUUAAAUCUCCCAGAGAGGAUGGUUAGUUUACUGGACAUGCUGAUGGUCGGUAGUGUCAGUAUUGUUUCAGAAGGCUGGGACACUGCUGUUGUUGUUGUUGCCAUCGUUCCUUUACCUUUCAGAUUCCUGCUUCUGUCUGUUUUUAAGAUUGCACUGAAACCGUAGCAGAAACUGGAGUUUAGAGUAGAGAAGCAGACCUAGGUGACGCCUCCCACAUGGCACCCUAUUCCCUAUGUAGUGCACUACUCUUGACCAAGGCCUAUUUAGGGAAUAGUGUUAUUUGGGACUCAAGCCUCGUCUGGUGACAUUUGGAAUAUAUAAUUCUGGGUCUGUCUGAAAUGGCACCCUAUUCCCUAUGAAGUGCACUAUCCCUAUAGGCCCUGGUCAACAGCAGUGCACUAUCUAGGGAAUAGGGUGUUAUUUGGGACUCAAGCCUAGUCUGAUUGACAUUUGGAAUAUAUAAUUCUGGGUCUGUCUGAAAUGGCACCCGAUUCCCUAUGUAGUGCACUAUCCCUAUAGGCCCUGGUCAACAGUAGUGCACUAUCUAGGGAAUAAGGUGCUAUUUAAGACACCGCCCUGGUGUGAGCUGACACUGGUUCAGAGGCACAGACCUAGGAUCAGCGUAACCUGCCCCCUACCCUGACCCUUACUGUCUAGUCCAGGGGAUCUUUACCUUACUAGUCCCACUGCUGUUACGCUGCUAGCUGGACCUGCUAGUCCUUUAUCUGUCCCUCCUCUGUCCCUGUCUCACGACGGUCUAAACCCAGCUCACGUUCCCUGUUACUAAUAACGCUGUUAGCUACUAAUAACGCUGUUAGCUCCUAAUAACGCUGUUAGCUCCUAAUAACGCUGUUAGCUCCUAAUAACGCUGUUAGCUCCUAAUAACGCUGUUAGCUACUAAUAACGCUGUUAGCUCCUAAUAACGCUGUUAGCUCCUAAUAACGCUGUUAGCUCCUAAUAACGCUGUUAGCUCCUAAUAACGCUGUUAGCUACUAAUAACGCUGUUAGCUCCUAAUAACGCUGUUAGCUCCUAAUAACGCUGUUAGCUACUAAUAACGCUGUUAGCUACUAAUAACGCUGUUAGCUCCUAAUAACGCUGUUAGCUACUAAUAACGCUGUUAGCUGGACCUGCUAGAGUCCGUUCUGUCUCUCUAUCUCUCUGGUCGGGGGGCCAAUGAUUGUAAAUACGCCAAUCCUCUUCCUAUCUUUUAUCUCUCUGUCUUGUCUGUGUUUAUAUUCUUUACCUACUAUCUCGCUGCUCCUCUCCUCCAUUUCAUCUGUUUUGAGUUCUCUACAAACAAUGAAUAAAGUCUGAUUUAAAUGAA